CCACACAGGUCCUUAGACCACCGAGCUACCUCCCCAGCCCUAUUUUACGAUUUUUAAGGUUUGAAUGAACAUCAAAGAAAAGCUAAAAGUGAUUUAUAGGCCUAAUAGAGAAAACAGUAUGUGUAAUGCUUCUUAAGUUUAGGGGUAGGUGAAUGCGUCCCAGAGUUAAAAGUAUGUUUUGUUUUGUUUUCUUUUCUUUUCCUGGCUGGAAACUACUGCAGCUUUGAAAAAGCUGGAAGGGAACAUUUUUCUAGCAAAUUACCUGAUUAAGGGUGCAACUAAAGAAAAUUAUGCAAUCCUCAAAUGGAAGAAAUUAGCAUUGAACCAAGGAAAGGGAUGACAUAAUUCUGAAUUGUCAAAGUUUCAGUUAAUAUGAUACUGAGGAAAUGGAGAACUAUCUGCACUUAAAAUUGCAGCUAUUUGAUAUCGAGGAAAUGUAGCUAUACAAUAUAGAAAUUUUGUACAGCAAAAAUAUGUACAAUCCUAUUUCAUGCACAAAUAGUGCAUUUAUGUCUCAAAAUGUCAAAGCAAACGGUAUAAAGAAAAUUUUUACCUAUAUUCAGGAUGAAACUUUCUGAUUCAAAUUACCAGACUGUAAUUUCAGCUGAAAGAAGAGAUCAUUAAUGAAUCUUUAAGUCAUUAGGAGGGUGAUGUUUAGAACCUGCCACAGGUGUGGCGACAACUACAGGUAUAAAUUCGUUGAGCCCCUGUUACAUGCCAGCACCUCCCCAGGUGAGUUACUUGUUAUUUCUAAUAUUUCUGUAAGUCAUGUUUCUAGUCUACUUAACCUUGUCAAUAAACCUUACACUAUUCAUUCAUAACUAUUUUUUAAAUAGAAUUCAGAGAAUUUAUUCUAUAAAGCUGCUCCCUGACAAUCCUCUGUGAAAAAGGGUGUGGAGCAGGAAGGGAAAGCUAACUCCAAACCUCACAACACACGGGCAACUUUUUUGGUAUUUGAGAUGUCAUCUAUAUGGUCUUUCAGAAAUCCCCCAAACUUGUACAAAGUCGAGCAAGGACUUAAGAUAACCAUCAGCAAUCUGCCUCAGAGGCCACAAGUGUCUGCUGGCUUCUCCUUUUGUGACGCUUACACCGGGACAGGCGCAGUGGCUGGGUCAAAGCCGCGCCGCCGCCCCAUCGCUGUCACCCUGAGCCAGGGCGAGAGCCAAGGUGACAGCAGGUGAGGGCCGGCGCGCAGGAGGAAGUGAGACCGGCAGCGUGCGGCUAUUACUCAUCGCGCUCUUCUGCAAGCGGAACUUCUCGUCGUCUCUCGGCCAGCUCAAGUCCAACCAACCCAAGUGCAGUCACUUCCCAGCCGGGCUCGCUGGGGAAAAACCGUCGGGACGAGGCGCGCAGGGGCCGCGCCGUCACCGACCGAGUUCCCCGAACGUGCCCUCCCCAGCCGCGGGAACUCCCAGGGUAGCCCGAACGACGACGCCCUUUCCCAAGGAGCGUGGGGCGAGGCCAGGGGCCCCGACGCUCAGAGGGCGCGGGGUGCGGACACAGCAGGCCAGACCCGACGCGCCCACUACGCUGCGGCGGGUGUGGCCAGUUCAGAGCCCGAGCGCCGAGGAGCCGCCGAUUUUACCUUUCCCACGUCGCCAGCCUGUCACCCUUUGUGACACCCCCGUGCCCACUGUGUCCCAAAGGCUCCCGAUUCCCUCACUCCACCGCACCUGAGAAAAACUUUUUCCUCUCCUCUCGUUUCAAACUUGACAGCAUCUACAGUUGCCGCAAACCAUUCCGUGCCUAGCAACAAGGUUCCGGCCGUAGAGCGAGCGCCUCUAGGUGUAAGGAAGGUGAUGUCGUAAAGCCGCGAGUGUCGUAAACCAGUUACAAAUUAUAAUACUGUGGUAGAAACAAAUUCAGAUUCAGAUGAUGAAGACAAACUCCACAUUGUGGAAGAAGACAGUGUUACAGACCCAGCAGACUGUGAUGGUGGUGUGCCAGACAGUGAUUUGCCAGCAGGCCAGACAGUGUUACCAGGGGGCAGCGAAGGGGAUGGGAAUGCUGCUGACAGUUGGGAAGAUGAGGGAAAGGAAGGACAAGAAAUCCUGGGGCCUGAAGCUCAGGCAGAUGAAGCAGGAUGUGCAGUAAAAGAUGAUGAAUGUGACUCCGAUGCAGAAAAUGAGCAAAACCAUGAUCCUAAUGUUGAGGAGUUCUUGCAACAACAAGACACAGCCGUCAUUUAUCCCGAGGCACCUGAAGAGGACCAGAGGCAGGGCACACCAGAGGCCAGUGGCCAUGAUGAAAAUGGAACGCCAGAUGCAUUUUCUCAAUUACUCACCUGCCCAUAUUGUGAUAGAGGCUAUAAACGCUUUACCUCUUUAAAAGAACAUAUUAAAUAUCGCCAUGAAAAAAAUGAAGAUAACUUUAGUUGCUCCCUGUGCAGUUACACCUUUGCAUACAGAACCCAACUUGAACGCCACAUGACGUCACAUAAGUCAGGAAGAGAUCAAAGACAUGUGACACAGUCUGGGGGUAAUCGUAAAUUCAAGUGCACUGAAUGUGGAAAAGCUUUCAAAUACAAACACCACCUAAAAGAGCACUUAAGAAUUCACAGUGGAGAGAAGCCAUAUGAAUGCCCAAACUGCAAGAAACGUUUUUCUCACUCUGGUUCCUAUAGCUCACACAUAAGCAGUAAGAAAUGUAUCAGCUUGCUGCCUGUGAAUGGGCGACCAAGAACAGGACUCAAGACAUCGCAGUGUUCCUCGCCGUCUCUCUCGGCAUCUCCAGGAAGUCCCACACGGCCACAGAUACGGCAAAAAAUAGAGAAUAAACCCCUUCAAGAGCAACUCUCUGUAAACCAAAUUAAAACUGAACCUGUGGAUUAUGAAUUCAAACCCAUAGUGGUUGCUUCAGGAAUCAACUGUUCAACCCCUUUACAAAAUGGGGUUUUUAGUGGUGGUGGCCCAUUGCAGGCCACCAGUUCUCCUCAGGGUGUGGUGCAAGCUGUUGUUCUGCCAACAGUUGGUUUGGUAUCUCCCAUAAGUAUCAAUUUAAGUGAUAUUCAGAAUGUACUUAAAGUGGCAGUAGAUGGUAAUGUAAUAAGGCAAGUUUUGGAGAAUAAUCAAGCCAAUCUUGCAUCCAAAGAACAAGAAACAAUCAAUGCUUCAUCCAUACAGCAAGGUGGGCAUUCUGUUAUUUCAGCCAUCAGUCUUCCUUUGGUUGAUCAAGAUGGAACAACCAAAAUUAUCAUUAACUACAGUCUUGAGCAACCUAGCCAACUUCAAGUUGUUCCUCAAAAUUUAAAAAAAGAAAACCCAGGCCCCACAAACAGUUGCAAAAGUGAAAAGUUACCAGAAGAUCUUACUGUUAAAUCUGAGAAGGACAAAAGCUUUGAGGGAGGAGUGAAUGAUAACACUUGCCUUCUGUGUGAUGAUUGUCCAGGCGACCUUAAUGCACUUCCAGAAUUAAAGCACUAUGAUGAAAAGCAGCCUGCUCAGCCUCCUCCACUCCCGGCCCCAGAAGCUGAGAAGUCAGAGUCCUCUGUUUCAUCAGGUACUGGAGAUGGCAAUUUGUCUCCCAGUCAGCCACCCUUAAAGAACCUCUUGUCUCUCCUAAAAGCCUAUUAUGCUUUGAAUGCGCAACCAAGUGCAGAAGAGCUCUCAAAAAUUGCUGACUCUGUAAACCUACCACUGGAUGUAGUUAAAAAGUGGUUUGAAAAGAUGCAAACUGGACAGAUUUCAGUGCAGUCUUCUGAACCAUCUUCUCCUGAACCAGGCAAAGUAAAUAUUGCUGCAAAAAAUGAUGAUCAGCCACAGUCUACAAAUGCAAAUGAAGCCCAGGACAACGAAACAGCUCUACAGAGUCCUCUGAAGACAGCUCACUCUCCAGCUCUACCAGUGGGCUCAACCGCAAAUGGCUCUAGAAGUGGUACACCAUCCCCAUCACCUCUGAACCUUUCCUCAGCCAGAAACACACAGGGCUAUCCAUACCCAGCUGAAGGGGCACAAGAAGAGCCACAAGUAGAACCUCUUGAUCUUUCACUACCAAAGCAACAGGGAGAAUUGUUGGAAAGGUCAACUAUCACUAGUGUUUACCAGAACAGUGUUUAUUCUGUCCAAGAAGAACCCUUGAACUUGUCUUGUGCAAAAAAGGAGCCACAAAAGGACAGUUGUGUUACAGACUCAGAACCAAUUGUAAAUGUAAUCCCACCAAGUGCCAACCCCAUAAAUAUUGCUAUACCUACAGUCACUGCCCAGUUACCCACAAUUGUGGCCAUUGCAGACCAGAACAGUGUUCCAUGCUUACGAGCGCUAGCUGCCAAUAAGCAAACUAUUCUGAUUCCCCAGGUGGCUUACACAUACUCGACUACAGUCAGCCCUGCAGUCCAGGAACCACCCCUGAAAGUAAUUCAGCCAAAUGGAAAUCAGGACGAAAGGCAAGACACUAGCUCAGAAGGAGUAUCCAAUGUGGAAGAUCAGAAUGACUCUGAUUCUACACCACCUAAAAAGAAAAUGAGGAAGACAGAAAAUGGAAUGUAUGCUUGUGACUUGUGUGAUAAGAUAUUUCAGAAGAGUAGCUCAUUAUUGAGACAUAAAUAUGAACAUACAGGUAAAAGACCUCAUGAGUGUGGAAUCUGUAAGAAGGCAUUUAAGCACAAACAUCACUUGAUUGAACACAUGCGAUUACAUUCUGGAGAAAAGCCCUAUCAAUGUGACAAGUGUGGGAAGCGCUUCUCGCACUCUGGAUCUUAUUCUCAACACAUGAAUCAUCGAUACUCCUACUGCAAGAGAGAAGCAGAAGGAAGAGACAGCACAGAGCAGGAAGGGGCAGGGCCAGAAGUCCUGGCCAAGGAGCAUGUUGGUGCGAGGGCGUCUCCCUCCCAGGUCGACUCAGAUGAGAGGGAGAGUUCAACAAGGGAAGAGGAUGAAGACAGUGAAAAGGAGGAAGAGGAAGAAGAAGACAACGAGAUAGAAGAAUUGCAGGAAGAAAAGGAAUGUGAGGAACCACAAGGGGAUGAGGACGAGGAGGAAGAUGAAGAAGUAGAUGAAGGAGAUGUGGAAGAGACAGAGGAUGAGGGAGGAGCGGCAAACCCUGAAGGUCCAACGAAAGCUGAUGGAGCUAUAAGUCAAGGAAGCAGCUUAGAACAAAAAGUAAGCGAGAAUGAUGAGCAGGUGUCUGAGGAAAAAACAAAUGAAGCCUAAUAGUUUUUCUAGAAAAAAAAAAUAAAUUCUAAUUGGUAAUGAAGUUUGUUCUAUAUUAUCCAUGCUUUUCAUGGAAGCACAGUAACAUGUAUACUGUGAUUCCUGUUCACUACUGUGUAAAGUAAAAACUCCAAAAAAAAAUACAAAAUACAAAAAAAAUUCACAAAAAAAAAUAAAUUCCGGGUGUGCCUGAAUCACAAACCUAGUAAUUUUUCAUGCAGUUUUCAAAGUUAGGAACAAGUUUGUAACAUGAAGCAGAUUGAAAAACUUUAAUGACUCAGAAAGCAAAGCUAUAAUAGGUUACAGGAAACUGAUAAUUCAAGAAGCAUCUGGCAUUGUUUCAUUUUAUCAGUAUUAUCACUUUUAUGUUGGUUUAUUCUUAUGCUGUACAAUUGGGAGAAAUUUUAUAAUUUUUUAUUGGUAAACAUAUGUUUAAAGCUAAAGCUAAACCCACUUCAGUAUUUUAUUAUGUUUUUUUGAAAUGUGAGAACUUCUGCACUACAAAAUUCCCUUCAAAAGAAGUAUAAUACAGUUCUGAACCAUGCUACUACCUUUUAUAAAUUCAAUUCAGAAGGUAGUUAUUUCUAAUAUUUAGAUGUCAUAGUAGAGCAUAUUAUCAUUUAAAGUGUAUUGUUAGCCUUAAGGAAGCAACUGAUAGAAGAAGUGAAGUUUCCUACUCAUCUAAUUCUAAAUGGAGUUCAAAAGAUUGUUAUUGAGUUCUGAUUGCAGGGACUAACAGUGUUGAUACUGGUAAGGACAGCAGAGUUGUCAGAAUCAGUGUUUGUGAUUGUGUUUGAGUAUGUGGUAACAAAUAUGAAGGAUAUGAUAUGAAGCUUUUUAUCUCCUUUGGCCUUAAGCAAGACCUGUGUGCUGUAAGUGCCAUUUCUCAGUAUUUUCAAGGCUCUAACCCGCCUUCAUUCAGUGUGUGGCCUACAAUAACUAGCAUUUGUUGAUUUGUUUGUCCUAUCAAAAUGCCCAAAUAAAACGGAAAACCACUGACACUGUCAGAGAAACUAAAACACUGGGACAUUUCAUCUUUUAAUUCCUCAGUAUUCAUUUUGCGUUAAUUGACUUUCAGAAUUUCUCUACAGAAACAAAAGGGAAAUUUUCUAAUCUGCUUUAUGCAUGUAUUUGCAUUUCAGUCGUGGACAUGCCAUUAUUAUUUGGCUCAUAACUGUUUCCAAAUGUUAGUUAUUAUGGACCCAACUUAUUAACAACAUUAGCUGAUUUUUACCUAUCAGUAUUAUUUUAUUUCUUUUAGUUUAUAGAUCUGUGCAACAUUUUUGUACUGUAUGUCUUCAAACCUGGCAGUAUUAAUACCCUUCUUACUGACAUUGUACUUUUAGUUUUAGAAAACUUUUAUAUUUAUGUGUCUUAUUUUUAUAUUUCUUUAUUUAUUACACAGUGUAGUGUAUAAUACUGUAGUUUGUAUUAAUACAAUAAUAUAUUUUAGUAUGAAAAUUUGGAAAGUUGAUAAGAUUUAAAGUAGAGAUGCAAUUGGUUCUCUUGCAUUGAGAUUUGAUUUAACAGUGUUAUGUUAACAUUUAUACUUGCCUUGGACUGUAGAACAGAAUUUAAAUGGGAAUGUAUUAGUUUUACAACUACAAUCAAGUCAUUUUACCUUUCCCAGUUUUUAAUAUAAAACUCUUAAAUUUUGAAAUUCACUGUGUGACUAAUAGCAUGAUGCUCUGCAGUUUUAUUAAGAGAUUAGCCUAACCAUAAAACUCUCAUUUCCUUAGCAAGCCAAAUUAGGAUUACCUUAUAUAAACAGUGUUGGGAACAAUGUUUAACAUUUUGUGCCAAUUUGUUCCUGUAUUCAUGUAUGUAAGUUACCAAUCUGACUCUUCAUUUUUAAGUUCCUUGUUACACCAUGGUCAUUUUCUAGUUUUUUACCAGACUCCCCCAUCUCACAAUAAAAUGCAUCAACAA